GAUGGCCGUGGGCGCACCGAUUUGGCUGGUGCUCUCGUCGGCCGCCGCGUCGACGGACGGUCCCGGCUCCGAGCGCUGCCGAUCUCUCGGCUUCGGCCCCUCGCUGCUUUGCACAUCGUGCACAAAGCUCGGCGAGCAUGUGGGCAAGGACAGCACGUUGGUCGAGGAAUGCGCGGGCUGUUGCACGGACGAGGCGCAGCGGGCGUCGCACUUUGCCAAGGCGGUGCUCGACGUGUGUAAAUGACGGCUGGGGCAUUACCCAGCGCUCUCCGAGUUCAUCGAGGAGCGCGCGGGUAAGUUUCCCAACCUAUCCGUGACGUACACCCAGGGCGCACCGCCCACGCUCUACAUGCAGGACGCCGACGGCCGGACCGUAGACGAGCUUAGUGUGGGCGGCUGGAAGACCGAGUACAUCGAUGAGUACCUUCACGAGAAGCUCAACGCUUAGGCGCGCGCCCUCCGCAGACCAUUUGGCCUCUCAAGAGAUGAAGCGCCCUCCCGGCAGGUGGCUGAGCCAUCUGGGACGGCGCGGAAAAAGAGAGCGGCCUAGGGACGAGAGGAAACUGCGGCGUUUCAUUUUCUUUGCUUUGAUCACGCUUGAAAAUCAG